AUGGCCAUGGCCAUCGCGACAGAACCAAUUGAUGUGGAGAAGAAUUCCGAAACUUUGUCGAGGGAGAUGAUGGAAGAUUCUCAAGAUCCCAACGGUUGGGACGAUGUGGCUGGUGAGGAUGUUUCCAGUGUUCUCAAGUUGAUUGAGAAGAUCGAAUCCGCAGAUGAAGAGAACCAAGAGUCCGUUUCUGAGGCGACCACAGAUCCAGAUGCUGAAAACCAGUGCCAGCAGGCGUCCGAGUCCUUUGAGGAUGCCCGUGACAGGGUCGAGCGCUUCGAGAGAUUGCGGCAAAGCGUGGCCGACAGGGAGGCGACCAUUCCUCCCGACGACCCGUACUGGGUCACCGCCUUUUAUCAGAUCAUGGAAUCCUUGGAGGGCCCUUGCGUCAACGAUAUGCAGAGACCUAUUUCACUGGUCUCUGGUUGCUCAGGAACGCUGGCUGAGGGUUGGGUUCUCCAGAUCCUUGGCUUCAAGACCGAGAUCAUCAGCUGCUCCGAUCCAAAGGCCUCCAGCUUUGAGAUGAUCACACAGAACUUUCCAGCGAGCGUGAAGCACUUUUUCAAUACCUUAGAGGACCAAGUGGAGGGCUUGGCUUGCAAAAUCCAUGGUGGCAAUUGCUUCGGGUGCAAGAUCCAUGAUGGUUGUUGCUCAUGCAAUGGGCAUGAGGAUAUUGACCUCGGCAUGCUUGGCACACCAUGCCAACCAUUCAGCAGGCAGCGUGUGAAGCGCAGCCAGGCAGGCAGCGUAAAGGGGCAUGGGAAGUAUUUGACGACGUUCCGGGACCUGAUCCAGUUUCUCAAGACCUUCGAACCACGGACCGCAGUGUUGGAGCAGGUGGCGGGCAUUGAUACACCUGAAUCAACGAUUGAUCGCCGGACACCCUUGCAGAGGUCCGGCAUGAAAGACCAAAGUGACCAAAAUUUUUCUAAAUCAGGGACACGGUAA